GCCUGAGUGGGCCUGAGUGGGCGUGUGUGUGGGGGUACUAUAUAUGGGUUGGAGUGCUGUGUCUCUCCAAGGCUUUCUUCGUGGAGCUGCAAUGAUGCAUGUCCUGCUCAUUCUGUGUUUGACCGUUUCCUCUGUUUGGACAGCACCAACUACGACAGAUUCUGGUCCUGUGAUUGUUCUGAGUCAUGGCAGUAUUCAGGGCAAGUAUGUAACAGUGAAAGGCUCAGAUAAAGUAGUGGAACAGUAUCUGUCCAUUCCUUUUGCUCAGCCACCCGUAGGUCCUCUCCGUUUGGCAGCACCCCAACCUAUUCAACCCUGGGAGGGGGUGAGAGACGGCACACAGCACCCUAACAAGUGUCUCCAGGACCCAGAUGUCGGGAAGUCUGUGGCAGAAAUUUUGUCCUUAAACUACAUUCAUACUUCUACAGUCUCUGAGGACUGUCUUUACCUAAAUGUGUACACGCCCUCUCAACGUUCAGCAUCAGAAAAAUUACCUGUCAUGGUCUGGAUUCAUGGAGGAGGCCUGACUAUUGGUGCAGCUGUUGAGAAUGAUGGAUCAGUACUGGCAGCCUAUGAAAACAUAAUUGUUGUCAUAAUUCAGUAUAGGCUAGGCAUAAUGGGCUUCUUCAGCACUGGAGAUGAACAUGCCAAAGGCAACUGGGGCUUUCUGGAUCAGAUUGCAGCACUGCAGUGGGUGCAGCAAAACAUUGAGAAUUUUGGUGGAGAUCCUCAUUCAGUCACUAUUGCUGGAAAUUCUGCAGGGGCAAUUAGUAGCUCCAUACUGACUCUUUCCCCACUUGCCAAAGGCCUGUUUCACCGAGCCAUCUUUCAGAGUGGUACAGCAGCUCUUGGAGAUUACACAACAAACGAUCCCACGUUGUUUUCCAAGAUGGUAGCAAAUGUUACAGAGUGUGACAGCAGCUCUUCGGAGAUACUGGUCAAGUGUUUAAAAGAAAUGACAGAAGAGGAUAUUAUAAAGGCUACCAAAAAGCAAAAAAUCUUUCUUGGCGCAACUGUGGAUGGGGAACUUUUAACAGAUGUAGCAGAGAAUAUUUUGAAGAGCAAAGAUUUUGAGAAAGUCCCAGUGCUUUUAGGUGUAACAAACCAUGAAUUUGGAUGGAUCCUUCCUUUGAAUUUUAUCCCUCCUGGUUGGGAAAAAGGGAUGAACAGAGAGGGAGUGACUCAAUUGAUGAACCAGUUUUUCCCAAAUGGGGUUUCUGGAGAAAAUGAUUUAAUAUUAGAUGAAUACCUGAAGCAUGCUCAGUCUCCAGAGGACAUACGAGAUGCGCUUACCUAUAUGGCGGGAGAUCGUUUCAUGGUGCUCCCAGUUCUAAAAGUGGCUGAUUAUCAUAGAGAUGCUGGAGCAAAAGUGUACAUGUAUGAAUUUCAGCAUCGUCCCAAUGUUUUUGAAGACAAAAGACCCAGCUUUGUGAAGGCUGAUCAUGCAGACGAAGUUGGCUACGUUUUUGGAGCUUGCUUUUGGAACGGCCAUGUCAAAGUGUUAGGCACAAUAACUGAGGAAGAAAAUCAGCUGUGUAAAACCAUAAUGAGAUAUUGGGCUAACUUUGUCCGUACAGGCUCACCGAAUGGACCUGGUCUGGUUAACUGGCCUCUCUAUGACACCUCAAAUAAAUAUUUAGCACUGGGAUUGAAACAAACAGAGGCUCAAGGACUCAAACAGGACAAGAUGCACUUCUUCAAUGUGGAGCUGCCUCAAAAGCUUGCUACACAGAGCACAGCCUGAGAAACAUUUGUCUACAUUUAUAGCAUUUCGCAGAUGCCCUUAUUCAGAACAAUGUCUUUACCGCAAUUACUUUUUUGUAUCACUUUGGGGCACUUACUAUCAUUAGGCACUUACUAUCAUUAUUAUCAAGUUGUGUCUUAUUUUUUGGAAAGUCUAGAGUGUAUUUUUUUCUGAUUUGGAAAAUAAACAAUGUUGAAGAUGAUUGGGCACAUUUAAAAAAAAAAGUUACCAGCAUGACUAUGACAAUAUAGCCCCAAUGACAAUUCACAUGUUUAUAUUACAGCACUGGUCAAAUGUUUUUACUGUGGGAAUAAAUCAGUCACAUUAACCUUUA